AUGGCCAGAUUGGAGCCUUCUACACUUUUGCAAGAUGUGGGGUCUUUCGAACAAAAGCAGUGUCCGUUCCGCUGCAUUUUUUAUGUGGCCGGGGAACAUGGCCGUGUUUUGCAUAUGUCUCCGCUGCUGCAGAUCCCAGGAGUCAGCUUGAACACGUGGGGUAUCGACAUAUUACACACGUGGCACUAUGGACCCAUGUCUACUUAUCUGACAUUUACUCUUCGUGCUUUGCUGAACACGGAGAUCUACAAGCCUGGCAAUUCGGCAGUGCUAGACAAGGAAGAAAAUGACAAGCUUUGUUUGAUGGCCCUCAAGGCAGAAUUAUGGAUGUUCUACAAGCACAGACGUGCCACAGACAAGGAGUGGAGCAAGAAAGGUUCUGAGGUGUGGAACCUCACUCUCACCAUGCUUGCCGAGAAAGCACUGAAGUGCAAAGCAGCGGAGACACACGGUUUACUUCGCUUUGUGGUCAUGACACUUGAGAAAUACAAGGAGGUGCUUCAGGGGAGCGAAAAGUCGCAAAUGUUUGAUCUUCUUCUUCGGGCAGGGUGUGCAGCUGAAGCUUUCGAUCAGACUAUGAACGAGCACGACAGAGUGUUUCCAGAGGAAGCAUGCGAUGCUUUGUUUUCGCACUAUCAUCGCUUCAUACAGCUUUGCUCAAGGACUGGUGUGCCUUUUUUACCAAAGGGCCACCUUAUGUACCACCUUGUUUCUCAGGCCAGGGAGAAAGGUAAUCCGAGGAUGUUUUCUACUUAUGUGGACGAAUCCUACAACGGGGCUAUUGCUAAAGUGAGCCGUUCCGUUCAUCGUCGAAAUUGGGCGAUGGCAGUUUACCGCAAAUUGCAAAUGUUGGAAGCCCUGAACUGUUCUGCUGACGACUGA